AUGCGUCCCGACGCCAUCUCCGUUCUGGCAGCUUUCCUCGCUGUUGGCGGUAUCCAGCUCGUCGCAGCCCAAGAUCUCCCCGAAGCGCACGCUCAGCGGCCGCGCUGGUACUUCCCGCAGGAAGUCAAGCGAACGAUUCGCAGAAAUGCUGAGCCCGACCCUAGCUCCCUCGACGGCCUUUUCGACAAUCUGAAACCUAUCCAGCUUUCUUCCGCGGCUACUACUACCGCCCCGGAAAGCUCUGCCGCUCAGCCCCAGAAGGGACAGGCAGUCGUUGUUGUAACCAUCUCGGUCGAUCCCAAGAACCCCGAGAUCACCCACCGUAUUACGGGUACUUCAAUCAUCGGCGGUGAACCGACUGGUACCACCACCACGACUACCCAGCAGACAGGAGGUUCGAGCACAGAGGCUACCAGUAAGAAGAGCUCCGAAGCCGCAUCUGCUGAUGCGGAAACCACACGAAACCAGGGGUCGGUGGUCGACUCAUCCGUCAAGGCUUCGACUACGCCUGUUUCGACCAAAGCCUCUACCAACGGUCUCGUUGGUGAUUUGACAUCGGGUUUGGGUAACCUGCUCGGAGGCGAUACCACAUCCUCGACUGCGACCACCACAUCCUCGACUGCGACCACCACCUCGGACUCGUCGGCCAAGAUAACUUCGGCCGCGUCCUCUUCAUCUGCUGCGCCCUCCAGCGAGGGUCUCCUUGGUGACCUGAGCUCGAAAUUAGGCGGUCUUGUCGGCGAAUCAACAACCAACAGCUCCGCCUCUGCGACAUCCACUGUCCCCUCUAGCGCCAACAAGAUCAGCAGCGCAUCCUCGAGUGCAGUCUCGAGCACAUCAAGCUCGGGGUCGGAUCUCCUCGACCUUUUGGGCCUAGGUGACAAGUCUUCCACCAGCAAGAGCACAAAUACUACCUUAUCUUUGGGCACUUCUAGUUUGCCUACCAUCCCAGUCAGCGUGCCUGCUUCUACUACCAACCCGCCGUCGACCACUCACACUGCAACUGCAACUGCAACUUCUGGUGAUCUCGUCGGCAGUCUUAUCUCGAGCGUGGAUUCCCUGAUUAGUGUUACAUCUACUAGCACUGGUAGCACUGCUUUGAUUUCUAGUGCGUCUAAGCCGAGUACUCUUCUGCCGCCCAAGUCGACUGGUCUCAUUUCUGGCCCGGCAGGUACCAACACCGGUGUCAUCCCCACCCCAACCAGUACACUUGGAUCGGUCCCCGUCCCGCACUCGCACAGCUCAGAGUCUACAUCUACAUCUGGAUCCGAGACUGUCUCUGGAUCUACCGCCACCUCGGUCCCUUUGUUAGGCACUACUACGACCUCUGUUUCCGGAAGUGCAUCUUAUGAGGGCUCCAAGGUUCCCACGUCCACCUCUCACCCAGCAUUUACCUCUCACCCCUUGUCAACUUCGACGACUUCGACAACAACCUCGAGCAAAGAGGUGAGCACGACCAAGCCCACUGUGGAGUCUCAAACCCCGACUGAGACGCUGGCGCCCCCCACCUCCAAUGUCAACGACUGGAUGCCAUCGACCAUCCUUAUCGUGCCUACCGUGACGGCCACCCAGAGCUCGACCUCUGGCGAGACAGCGAAGCCAACGGCACCAUCACUCCCCGGUUCUAUCACACCAUCGCACGAGGUGACCGAGCCCCCGUCUGACUCUAUCUUGCUCCAGCUUGGUUUCAACAGCCAGCUGCCCUGGUCAUUUGUUGCAACCACUCCCUUGUCAUCAUCGCAGAUCUUCAACUACACCCCCCAGGCUAUUGAAAACGCUUUGCCAGCCCUCUCUGCUAAGGACGGCCCAGUUAUGUUUGCUAUUGAGCCUUACUACAACUGGAAGUCCACUGGCUACAACGCCACCAUUGCUAUCUUCUAUUUCCCUCGAGAUAAGGUUGACGCCCUGCAAGCACUCAAGGUCAACCCCAACUCUGCUCUAUACAAACAGAAUAGCGAAUCCAUCAAGUCAUUGAUGGCAAUGGUUGAUCCCACAAUUCCCCUCGAGUUCUCCGGAAACUACCCCAAUGGCAACAGCGACUCGACUGGCGGCAACACCCAGGGCGGCAGUGAUGAUGGCCCGGACAGUGGCAACAACAACAACAACACUGAUGGUUCUGCCGGCAGCUCCAAGGCUAAGGCUAGCUCUGUCGGCAUCGGAGUCGGUGUUGUAGCCGGUGCUGCGGCUUACGGUGCGGGUAUGUUCUGGGUUGCCCGUCGCUACCGCAAGAGAAAGCAGCUGCACCAGCGCUCUAGCUCGACCGUUGAGCAGAUGAGUCAGGGGGGUUCCGCCGCUGGCUCGAUGUUCGCUGCCGGUGGCCGUGUCCCUAGCCAUGGUAGCCGUGGAACUGCUCGCUCGCAGAUGAUCAGCGCUCCCGUUAUGGCGGAGAAUUCUUUGGGAUGGAAUUAA